AUGAUCAUUUGGCUCAUAUAUCUUUAUCUAAUCUCAACUUAUGCAGCUAUUUUACGUCGUACAUGGACAACACAGUCAUGGUGUAAGAGUGUAAAGAAUCCACAAUGGCCAUUUGCAUAUCAAAAGACGAACGUACAGACACUUGAAUGGAAUGGACGUGUGAAUUCAAAUGAUCAAGAUAUUCGACAUCAUUGUUCCGUAUUUGGAGUGCAAAGCAAGUGUCAUAUUUGCAAUAACUUUAAUUGUACGAAUCAAGAUACUUGUGCAUUUCAAUUUCAAGGUGUUCCAUGGUCAAGUUUACCUAAAAACAUUCCAACUAUAUCAGACGUUCCAUGGGCUGUAAAAGGAAAAUAUCGAUACGAUUAUCAAAGUGCGACACAUCUUUGUGUCUUCUUGUCAGGUGGUUCUUGCUUAUCACCAUAUACAACAAACUUUUCACAUUGUGACAUCAGAUGUUGGGGUACACAAUCUGGAGAUUUAAUGUAUAAAGGUGUCCAUCCAAACAGAAACAAAAGUGAUGCCGAAGCAUCAGAUAUCUGGAGCUAUUCCACAUCAUUUGGACGAUCACAAGGAGAAGUUCAAACUUUAGCUGGUGAUGGAAAUGCAGGAUUUCGAGAUGGACCAGUUGAUCAAGCACAAUUUAAUCAUCCAAGAGGCAUAGCAGUCGAUUCUGUUGGAACUGUUUACGUAGCAGAUACAGCAAAUCAUCGCAUUCGAGUCAUUGAUACAAUUACAAAAACAGUAUCAACACUUGCAGGUGAUGGUGUACAAGGUUUUCAAGAUGGUGCUGCACAGUCGAAAGCACAAUUUUCAUAUCCAUCAGAUCUUGCAGUGUUUGAAUCAAGUUCUGGUAUCAGUAUUUUCGUAGCUGACACGGGAAAUCAUCGCAUUCGAGAGAUAAAAAAUGGUUAUGUGACUUGUUUCUCUGGAUUAUGUGGAGCUGGAGUCGAGACUGAACGAUUAUCGCAAGAACAAGCGCGUCCUCAAGCUGGUUUAGCUGAUGGCAAUCGAUACGAUGCACGUUUUGAUUCUCCAAUGGGUAUUACAGUUGAUUCAAAUGGUCUUGUGUUUGUUACAGAUACAGGAAAUCACUUAAUUCGACAACUUGAUCCAAAUGGUACAACACAUACAUUAGCUGGUGGAAUACUUCCAUCAAAAGAUGCGGAAAUUCAAGGCUGUUUAUCUCCAUGUCUACGUGGUGAACGUGGUUUUCGAGAUGGCAACUUAACAUUUGCUCGAUUUCAAAGUCCACGUGGAAUUGCUAUCGGUCCUCAGCAUACAUUACUAGUCAGUGAGAAUUAUCGUCUUCGUCGUGUAACAUAUGAUAGCAAUGUAGUUUCUGAUAUUGAAGGAAUUACAUCAAGUCAUCGUGUUGUAACUCUAGCUGGUUCAAAUGUACCUGGACAUCUUGAUGGUGAAGGGAAUGAAGCAACUUUUAAUGCACCAACUGGUGUCGCAUAUGCAGAUGAUGGACGUGUAUAUGUUGCGAGUUUUAUGGAUUGUUCGAUACGUCAAAUAUCUCCUGCUUCACUUGUAGCACGAAAUGUUUCAUGUUCAACUCGAUUGACUCAAGUGUUAUAUCCUAGUGGUUGUGCAUCAUAUGAACAACCUGUUGAUAACUUUUUUCUUCGAAUCUCACCAACAGAUAACAAUAUUUUUCAUAAUUAUCUCGAACGAAAGGAAGGAGAUUCGAUUCGAGGUACAGCCAUUUCUGGCCGCACUUUAAAAGAUUGUAUAGCUACUUGUGAUAUUGUUAACAAUGUGUACAAAGUAUAUGGAUCUGGUGUCUAUAGUGAUGCUUCAUCGAUAUGUUUUGCUGCAAUUCAUAGUGGUGCUAUCAUAGCAACAGAAGGAGGUCUCGUAACACUUACAUUAGAACGUGGAAGUCAAUUCACAAGUUCUUUAUCUGGAUCAAUUGCAAAUGGUGUGACUUCACUUGAUUUCCCAAUAGAUGAAAAUGAACGAGCUCGAGUCUUUCGUAUUCAACCAUAUUUACAAUCGAAAGUCCAAGUACAAUCAAUUGCUGGAGCUCCAUAUGCACCAUUAGGAUCACAAGAAGAAAGUUGUGGAUAUUUAGAUACACAACCUCCAUUAGCAGCACAUUUUCGAGAUAUUGCAGGACUUGAUCUUGGAAAGACUCGAUCACUAUCAAGAACAAACUUUCUAUACAUUGCAGACACUGGAAACAAUCGAAUUCGUACACUUAGUGCAACGUGUGCGAAAGUUUGUGAGAAUGGUGGCGUUUGUUCUGCUCCUGAUGAAUGUACUUGUACUAUUGGAUGGACAGGAGAUGAUUGUACGAUACCAAUUUGUCGUACAAAUUGUGAAGCUCGACAAGUGUGUGUGGGUCCAGAUACUUGUGACUGUAUACCUGGAUAUAAAGACUUGCCAAGUUGUACCACACCUACUUGUGUCCAAACUUGUACCCCUAAUGGAAUUUGUACUGCUCCUGAUACUUGUACCUGUGCUGUUGGAUGGUUUGAUGUAAAUUGUACCACGCCAGUAUGUAUUCAGACUUGUGGGAAUCAUGGAAAUUGUACCAGUCCGGAUACUUGUACUUGUUCAAAUGCAUGGACAGGAAAUGAUUGUCGAGUACCCGUGUGUACCCAACAAUGUAACAAUGGUGGAAGUUGUGUAGCUCCUGAUACUUGCUUAUGUGCUGCCGGAUGGAGUGGAUUUGAUUGUAGCUUUCCUAUCUGUGCCCAAGGAGAUUUUCAAUCUGAUUUGAAUAAAUAUCAUGAAAGUUAUGUACCUUGUGAUUUUCCUCGUUGGUGUUUUGAAACGAAUGAAUUCGAUUGUCUUCAUCGAUUAUACACUUCAUCUAGUCCUCUCGUUGAUAGAAUGAACUCAAUAAAAAGAUACAAACAUUGUUUGCUUCUUGAACUUGACGUUACAGCACUUACACACUUUCAAUAUCUAUCUGAACUCAAUGAAACUAGUUCAAUCUAUCGAUUUGCACCAAUUCAACCUUAUGGAUGGAAUACAAAUGCAUCAUGGCGAGGGAUUUCUGAAUUUGAUCUUGGAUUUCUUCCUCCAUAUCGACAAUUAAGUGAUCGACAAAUUGCUCUCGUCGAACGUCGACAAAUUGCUCAAGGAAGAUAUAUCUGUGCUCAUAAUGGAAGUUGUAUAUCACCAGAUGUAUGUGUUUGUGCUUUAGGUUGGGCAGGUUUUGAUUGCCGUACUCCAGUAUGUUCUCAAGGUUUCUAUUCACAUGAUCAAAAGUCAUUCUUAGCUGCAGAACCUCCAACAGCUAUUCAUGAACGACAACCGGAAUCGAAUCCCAAAUAUAAUGUAACCAUUGAAAAUAUUGCAUUUACUUCUGUCAAUAUUACAAUUGUCACUCAAGGAGGUGUACGAUAUAAACCAUCACAAGGAGGUUAUGCAUGUUCAAUUCGUAGUAUUACAAAAUGGGAAAAACCAGCAACAUUGGAUGGAUCUCCAGCUUAUUAUUUCGAUCAUCCAAAUUAUUAUUCACGUUAUAUGGAUCGUCAGUUAUCACUUGAUGGUAAAUAUCAUACCGAAUGGAUUGAUAUGAUGUGGCCACCUUUAUAUAUUCUAUCAAAACCAAUAUUAGACAAUACACGAGAAGGAUGGAAACGACGAGGUAGUUGGAGUGUAAUUUCUAAUCGAGAAUGGCAAAAAGGUGUUUGUCUUGUUGAAUUCAAACGCAUUUGUUCAACAAAAGCUCAAAUUAUUGAUUUAUUAUCUGGGACAUCUAAUGAGUUUGUACUUGACACAGAUGCAUCAUAUCGUCCACAAGUUGUAUAUACAGUUGAGAAAGUUGUUCGUCAAGGCUAUUGGAAUACUUCAGUCUAUGGAGAUUGUAUUGAUCAUGUUGUACAUGGAUGUUUUAAUAAUGGGACAUGUGUAGGACCAAACAUUUGUGAAUGUGCUAUUGGAUGGUCAGGUAUUGAUUGUAGCAUACCAAUAUGUACUCAAAGAUGUGAAAAUGGUGGAAAUUGUACAUUACCCAAUAUUUGUACUUGUGCAUUAGGAUGGUCAGGAUCUAAUUGUACAAUUGCUUUAUGUGCUCAAGAAUGUCGAAAUAAUGGAACGUGUAUUGCACCUGAUCAAUGUCAGUGUGUUACUUGGGAUUCUGCUUGGCAAGAUGGUCGUGAAUAUGGUAAAAAACCGAUUUUUCAACUUCCGAAUGGAAAAGCACAAGUAACAGGGUAUACUGGGUACGAUUGUAAUACCCCUAUUUGUGUCCAAGCUAAAAGUUUUGUCUUAAAUGUUGCAACUCGCUCUUCGAGUAACUUUCGUGCACUUCGUGGGAAUUAUGAUAGUACCACUACAGCUCGUACAUGCGAUACCUAUCGUUGUCCUCAAUAUGAUGUCGAACUUGUAGCUAAUGAUGGUCACUCGUUUCAAAGUGGCUGUUCUAUCGGCAGUCCCGAAUUAAAUCCUCAACGCAACUCGGCGCUAACAACUUUUCAACAAAUUGAAAAUUUACUCAAUUUUCGUGAUGAUUUGAAUGUUGCACGAGUGUCUGAUACAUUUCUUUGUGGCAAUGCCAUUUGGUAUCAAGGUAACUUUGAAAAUACGAAUAAUACAACUCGUAUUAUACGUACUAAUUACGUCAAUGUGACCAAAAUAAAUGAUGUGACGUGGAAGUAUGGCACUACGUUACCUGGUGAAGGCAUUUAUGAAUGUUAUAACUCAGGGGCUUGUGUAGCUCCUGAUACAUGUGCAUGUGGAGAUGGUUGGACUGGUAUUGAUUGUAACACGCCAUUGUGUCGCUUUCAAACGGCCGAGAAUUUCGUCGAUGUCUCAUAUGGAUGUCGCAAUGGUGGAGUUUGUGUUAGUAAAGAUCAAUGUCGAUGUGUCACAAUUCCAUCAGUGCUAUACAAAAAGUAUCCAACGUGUCCAAGAGGAGAGACUGGGUAUUUUGGAUUGGAUUGUGCUGUACCCAUUUGUAUUCAAGGUAUUUUUGACCCACUUUGCAAUGCAUCUCUUGUGGCCAAAGCGCUCAAUUUGAGUCAAGAAGAUACCGGUGUAACCAUCAAAGCAAAAAAUAUUGCUAAAAGUGGUGAUGGAUGUUAUCGUUGCAAAAAUGGAGGUCUAUGUAUAUCACCUGAUGUAUGUUUAUGUGCCAAAGGAUGGACAGGUUAUGAUUGUUCUACUCCAAUUUGUGAGUUACCCAUAACCACCGUCAUGGCAAUUCGCUCAACACUUUUUACAGUCGACGAAAGCAAACUAGACACUUUUCGUACAGAUCCUUGUGGUACAAAAGGUGGACGAUGGGGACAAGAACUUUUCAAUGGAGCUUUAGUUGGCCAAGGUAAUUGCACUCUUCCAAUGAAAUGCACGUGUUUAUGUCGCAAACGGUACGACAAGACAAUUUGUGAGUCUACAGGUGAACUUUGUGAUAAACCAUGGCAAGAUCAAUUUCAUCGAUCGAUUCCACCAGGUUAUGUGUAUGGCACACGAGAUUGUGUCGAUGGAUUUCAAGGUGUUGAAGACGAAAAUGGCAACUUUCAGAGUUGUCACUUGCAAAUUUAUGUGCCAUCCAUAUGGCGUCGUUAUACUGUCAGUGCUGUGGCCAUUGUAUCAGUACUUGGUGUGCUUGUCCUUGUGGCUUGGUACUAUAUCCGAAAAAAGGUGCGUCGAGCUCUACGGCUUGCCAAGGCUCAACGCCGACGUUCACGAAAAAACUCGGAAAUCAAUAUCAUCAAUAGGCCAAAACAAGGAGCUUUUGUGCACUCAAAAACCAAUUAA